GACGCUCAGAUAUCGCGAGGUGCAAUGUAAAAACUGCCAACAAUCCAUUGGCUAACGAGGUCGACAACGCCAGACGCAAGACGCCGGGCCUACCGCGGGAGCGUGAGGGAAACCGUGCGUUCCGUUCCAAGGCAUCUGUGAGCCCGCGGAGUAUACACCAUGAGCAAAGCUCACCCUCCCGAGUUGAAAAAAUUUAUGGACAAGAAGUUAUCAUUGAAAUUAAAUGGUGGCAGACAUGUCCAAGGAAUAUUGCGGGGAUUUGAUCCCUUCAUGAACCUUGUGAUCGAUGAAUGUGUGGAGAUGGCGACUAGUGGACAACAGAACAAUAUUGGAAUGGUGGUAAGUAAAGAUACAAGAGUUCUCUUGGAGAUUUCAUUUUUCUUUUGGAAUGUGUAUUAACUUUCCUAGUUAGUAACCCCCAGAAAUGGCAAAUAACAGGCAAGAUUGACUUUCCAUCUCCUUUUUAGUUGAACAUACAGCAGUUACUCAGCUGAGGUAAUAUCCUGGUUACCUGUAGGUAAGAUCUCAAUUAUACAGAACCUAAGGUCUUAGCGCUUGAAAUAGCUGUUGGAAAUCCUUUUUGAGCUUUCUUCUGCAAUAGAGGCUCAUAGUUGGUCCUUCAUUAGAGCAGUAGUUCUGAAACCUUAACGUGUAUAUGAAUCCCCAGGGAAUCUUGUUAAAAUGAAGAUUCUACUUCAGUAGGUAUGAGGCGGAACUUAAUUAAGGUUUUGCAUUUCUACUAAUGCCUAAUGCAGAUCUGCCAGUUCACAGAUAACACUUUCUGAUUUUACUUGUAUACAUAGUUAACCUGGAUUUUCUGGUUUACCACACCCAAAAUUUUAAGGUAGCCAAGGUAAAAGUUACAAGGGAUAAUCACAAUGACAGUUAUUCACAUGAGAGAAAAAGCAGGAAAAAAUUAAAAAGCGCAUACUGAGCCCUCAUAGGAUUAAACAUUCCUACAUUCAUUGGGCCGUAGUUUUAGUGAUUGCUGAAGAAGAGUUUUGAUACCCAGAUUUUGAGUCCCUCUUUGUCUAACACAGGACAACAUACCUAAUAAAGUGGUAAGCCCAAAGUUCUUGAAAAAGGUGAACCAAAAAGGACAACUUACUUUUAGCAAAUUAUUAAGCAUAAAGACCUCCAAGGAGUGGUAAGAGUUGCUAAUUAUUAGCCUUGAUUUAUUAACCUUGAUUUUUAAGUUUGAGCAGUAAAGUUGAAGAUAGACCUAUUUUGACAUCUCUGCCUGUUUAAUUUUUUUACAUACCAUUCUUUCCAAGGUUUGUGUUAUUACUUAUUUCAGAUACUUUUUCAUUACUGUAUUUUGAAAAGCAAAUCAAUAGUUAUGACUGAAAAAACAGUUUAGAGUCUCCAGAUACCACACUGUACCCCCAAGUUUCAUGUAAAUUGACUUGUCUUUCAGGUAUAUUCCCUUGUGAGCUUCUGUUGAAUAAGGCUGCCAGCAUCAUUAGUAGCCAAGUCCUUAUAAAAACAUUUUCUAGAUACCCCAAGAUUUUCCUCUAAGCCCUUAUUUUUACAAAUAAAUUUUCAUUCUAAUAGAAGGUAGAUUAGGUUUUUAGUUCCUUGCAACAAAUUUGCUGAAAAGGAUUCAGGAAGAACUUGGCACCUAAAUUGUCAAUUCUGCUUUGAGAAGAUUAGAGAAUUUCGUAACACAUUGCUCAUUGGAAUUUUAUCAGAGAAGGAAUAGAGCAUCCCUCUGUCAAUUUUCCCCCUAAACUUUAUGGGCUUAAUUUUCUUUGUACAGAAAUUGGUUGCAAGUACUGCCAUCCCAAGUCAUUUAAGUAAUGAUUACCUACUUAGUGUGUUGGGCAGCCUCCUGUUCCAUCUCUGAGGUUUAUGUGACACACACACAUACCCCCAACCCCCUGCCAAAGAAAAAAAAAGUUUUUAUCAGCAGACAAUAAUUCUUGCUGCUGAGGCUUCACUUUGAAAAAGAAA